AUGCGACAUUGCGCAAUCCUCUUUGGAGCUCUUAGGAUUUCGGACAUCUUUGUCAACGCAGCUUCAACUCUUCUUUCCGGUGGGACAAUCAUCGCAUGGGAUGACAGCGCAUAUUAUCUAAAAAUAAUCCGAAAUGGUUCAGUCCUAGUGACAGAUGAUUAUAUUGCAUCUGUGAACACAAGUCCUCGACCGUCUGAACUGCCGUUGGGAACGAAAGUGAUCGACAUAGCAAAUCAAAUACUGACUCCCGGAUUUAUUGAUACCCACCGCCAUGGAUGGCAAACGGUAUUCAAGACAAUUGGUUCAAAUACAUCUCUUACUGAAUACUUUAGUCGCUAUGGGGAGUUCUUUGCAGCCGAUAAAUUCACCGCCGACGAUGUAUAUAUCAGCCAACUUGCUGGCCUAUAUGAGGCCAUGAACGGUGGAGUGACAACUCUUCUUGAUCACGCCUCACACACUUGGUCUGCAAGCACAUCUUACGCUGGAUUCAAUGCAUCAAUUGAGAGCGGGGCUCGAGUCUUUUGGGCGUUUGCUUUUCACAACACCACGUCUCUGAACUACACUAUAUCCGACCAGAUUUCAACUUUUCGAGAAAUGGCCGAAAACAAAGAAGCGCUAGUGAGAGAUUCUCCUACUGAACUCGGUGUUGCCUAUGACGCCUGGGGGCCUAACCCAAAUCUCAACGAGGCUCGGGGUAUCGCAGAGCUCAUCAAGGAAUUUAAUGUUUCGGUCAUGACAACGCACUCCCUUGCCGGACCAUGGGGUAUAAGCAAUCUUCCAAGCGAAGUUCAGCAUUUUGGCAUUUUGAACGGCACCGUCCCCAUCGUCUUUUCUCAUUCAAGCUUCAUCACUGCGGAUGAUUUGCAACUACUUCGUUCUACCAACCAGUAUAUAUCCAUCACAGCUGAGUCAGAGAUGCAGUACGGACAUGGCCAUCCUCAUUCCUACGAGGUACAAGACCAAGCAGCACUUGGUAUUGAUACUCAUUUCACCUAUUCGUCAGAUAUUUUGACACAGGCUCGAAUUUGGCUGCAGUCUGCAAGGCUUUAUUAUUAUAAUCAGGUGUUGGACAACUGGCACGUCCCGACCUAUUCUCCCAUGACAGUCAACCAAGCAUUCCUGCUAGCUACUCGGUCUGGAGGGCUAGCCCUUAGACGGCCUGAUCUUGGUGUCAUCAAGCGUGGUGCCAAGGCCGACUUGGUAGUUUGGGAUGCUGAAAACUCGCCUUCAAUGCUCGGAUGGGAGGAUCCCGUUGCGGCAAUUAUUUUGCACGCGAACGUCGGCGACGUUCUGCACGUAAUGAUUGAUGGCAAAAUUGUCAAAAGAGAUGGCAAAAUUGUCAGCAACGAUUAG